CUGUUUAGAGGCGUGAAGCCGUGCCCCCCGGCAGCCCUAGCACCGGUGCCUGUAAACUCUGCAGCGAGCAGGACGCGGGCCACAGUGAUGCUCACACGCCCUCUGAAGUGCCCGGGGUGUAGCCGUGACCUUUGUAGUUACGUGUCCAUGGAAAGUAUAAACUCUUGUUUUACUUGUUCUCACAAAUUAUCUCUCAUCUGUCACCUUCUGCCCCGCCCACUGCAGGCCGGAGAUGGAGAGCAAGGACACGCUGCGGGGGCUGCACAGGAUGGAGGACCGGCCCGAGGAGCGCGUGAUCCGCGAGAGGCUGAAGGCCACCUGCAUGCCCGCCUGGCGGCACGAGUGGCUGGAGCGCCGGAGCCGCCGGGGCCCGGUGGUGGUCAAGCCAAUCCCUGUGAAAGGAGACGGGUCUGAAAUGAACAACGUGGCAGCUGAGUCGCAAGGAGAGGCCCAGGCGAGCGUGUGCCCGGCUCCCAAAGGCCGCCGCAGCCCGUCCCCCGGCGGCUCUCUGGCCGGGCGCCCGGUGAAGGCCGAGUCUCCCGGAGUGAGGAGGAAGCGCGCGUCCCCGGUGCCGAGCGGGAGGACCACGCCGCCGCGCAGAGCCCCGUCCCCCGACGGCUUCUCGCCGUACAGCCCCGAGGAGACCAGCCGCCGGGUGAACAAGGUGAUGCGUGCCCGGCUCUACCUGUUGCAGCAGAUCGGCCCCAACUCCUUCCUGAUCGGAGGCGACAGCCCGGACAACAAGUACCGCGUGUUCAUCGGGCCGCAGAACUGCAGCUGUGGGCGUGGCGCGUUCUGCAUCCACCUGCUCUUCGUCAUGCUCCGCGUGUUUCAGCUGGAACCUUCUGACCCAAUGUUGUGGAGGAAAACUUUAAAGAAUUUUGAGGUUGAGAGUUUGUUCCAGAAAUAUCACAGCAGGCGUAGCUCAAGGAUCAAAGCUCCCUCGCGUAGCACCAUCCAGAAGUUCGUGUCCCGCAUGUCCAGCUCCCACACGCUGUCCUCGCCGAGCGCGGCCACGGCCAGUGCGGAGAGCAGCCUCAAGGACGAGGAGGAGCAGCUGUGCCCCAUCUGCCUGCUGGGCAUGCUGGACGAGGAGAGCCUGACCGUGUGCGAGGACGGCUGCCGCAACAAGCUGCACCACCACUGCAUGUCCAUCUGGGCAGAGGAAUGUCGAAGGAACAGGGAGCCUCUGAUCUGUCCCCUCUGCAGGUCCAAGUGGCGGUCCCACGAUUUCUACAGUCACGAGCUGUCAAGCCCCGCGGAUUCCCCGUCCUCCCUGCGGGCGGAAAGCAGCUCCGGCCUCACGCACUACGGGGCCCAGCACAUCCCUGCUGCCUACAGAGACCUGGCUGAGCCCUGGAUCCAGGUGUUUGGGACGGAGCUCGUUGGCUGCUUGUUUUCUAGAAACUGGAACGUCCGCGAGAUGGCUCUGCGGCGACUCUCCCACGACGUCAGCGGGGCGCUGCUGCUGGCCCACGGGGAGAGCACCGGGCACUGGGGGGGCGGGGGCCGGAGCAGCCCGGGGGCCGGGGCCAGCAGCGCGCCCUCCCCGCCCGCGGGCGNCGUGGUGGGUGCCUGCUGCAGCGUGCUGUCCAUGGUCUGCGCCGACCCUGUCUACAAAGUGUACGUUGCCGCUUUAAAAACCCUGCGGGCCAUGCUCGUGUACACGCCCUGCCACAGCCUGGCUGAGCGGAUCAAGCUGCAGAGGCUCCUGCGGCCGGUCGUGGACACCAUCCUGGUCAAGUGCGCAGACGCCAACAGCCGCACCAGCCAGCUGUCCGUGUCCACGCUGCUGGAGCUGUGCAGAGGCCAGGCCGGGGAGCUGGCGGUCGGCAGAGAAAUACUGAAAGCCGGAUCCAUUGGUAUCGGUGGUGUGGAUUACGUCCUCAAUUGUAUUCUUGGGAACCAGAUGGAGUUGAACAACUGGCAGGAGCUGCUGGGCCGCCUCUGCCUGGUGGACCGGCUGCUGCUGGAGUUCCCCGCCGAGUUCUACCCGCACACCGAGCCGUCCUGCACCCCGCCACGGCCCACACCCGCCCCAAGGACACGGUACAAGAAGCUGCUGUCCCUGCUCGCCUUCGCCCUGCAGUCCAUCGACCACGCCCACGCGGUGGUCGGGAAGCUCGCGCGCAGGGUCUACCUGAGUUCCGCGAGGAUGGUCACCGCCGUGCCCCCCGUGUUCGUGAAGCUGUUAGAGAUGCUGAGUGCUUCCAGCUCCACCCACUUUGCCCGGAUGCGCCGCCGCCUGAUGGCGAUCGCGGAGGAGGUGGACAUCGCCGAGGCCGUCCAGCUGGGCCUCGAGGAUGCCUGGGACGGCCGGCGUGAUAGCUUCCUGCAGGCACCGGCCCCUGAGAGCCACCCAGAGGCCCCAGGGAACAGCCCCCUGCAGGGCCCAGACCGUGCGGAGAAAACUGGAAGAGGACUGCGCCCUGCGAGGCUGAGCGCCAGCUCGGAGGACAUCUCUGGUCGGCCGGCCAGCACUGCCCUGGGGCCUCCUACUUCAGCAACGACGGAGCAGCCAAAGCCAGCGGUGCAAGCCAAGGGCAGGCCCCUCAGCCAGUGUCUGAGCUCCUCUCCCCUGUCCCCUCACUCCCAACCAGUGCUCCCGCCCUCGUCCACCCCAGCUUCGUCGGCCCAGACCGCACCAGCGGGCCCCGGGGACGCCUCCAAGCACAGACCUCAGGGAUUCGUUCCCUACAACAUACCCUCGGCGUCGCCUCCUCCGCAGCGCAAGUUUUCCCUGCAGUUCCAGAGAAACUGUCCCGAAAACAGAGACUCGGACAAGCUCUCCCCCAUCUUCACGCAGUCCCGGCCCCUGCCCUGCAGUAGUAUACACAGGCCCAAGCCCUCUCGGCCCUCCCCCGGCAGCCCCGGGAGACAGGCCGACGCCGCGACAGGCAGCAUGACCCUGGACCUGCGCGGGGCCUCCGAGGGCGGCGACAGCUUCAGCAGCGGCAGCAGCAGCAGCGCCGUGAUCCCCAGCGAGGAGACGGUGUUCACCCCCGUGGAGGACAAGGGCCGGCUGGACGCCAGCACCGAGCUCAGCUCCAGCAUCGAGGACCUGCUCGAGGCGUCCCUGCCCGCCGCUGACACCACGGUGACGUUCAGGUCAGAGGUGGCCGUCCUCUCUCCGGAGAAGGACGAGCACGACGACACCUACCAAGACGACGUGAGUCACAAUCAGAAGUGCAAGGAGAAGAUGGAGGCCGAGGAGGAGGAGGCUCUGGCGAUCGCCAUGGCGAUGUCCGCCUCUCAGGACGCCCUCCCCGUGGUGCCUCAGCUGCAGGUGGAGAACGGAGAGGACGUCAUCAUCAUCCAGCAGGACACGCCCGAGACCCUCCCAGGACACACCAGAGCGAAGCUGCCGUACCGGGAGGACGCGGACUGGCUGAAGGGCCAGCAGAUCGGCCUCGGGGCCUUCUCCUCCUGCUACCAGGCCCAGGACGUGGGGACCGGGACCUUGAUGGCUGUGAAGCAGGUGACGUAUGUCAGAAACACGUCGUCGGAGCAGGAGGAGGUCGUGGAGGCGCUGAGGGAGGAGAUCAGGAUGAUGAGUCACCUGAACCACCCGAACAUCAUCCGGAUGCUGGGAGCCACCUGCGAGAAGAGCAAUUACAACCUCUUCAUCGAGUGGAUGGCAGGGGGAUCUGUGGCUCAUCUGCUCAGUAAAUAUGGAGCCUUCAAGGAAUCAGUGGUCAUUAACUACACUGAGCAGUUACUCCGUGGCCUCUCCUAUCUCCAUGAAAACCAGAUCAUCCACAGAGAUGUCAAAGGUGCUAACCUCCUCAUCGACAGCACAGGUCAGAGGCUGCGAAUCGCAGACUUCGGAGCGGCAGCCAGGCUGGCUUCAAAGGGAACUGGCGCAGGAGAGUUUCAGGGACAGUUGCUGGGGACAAUCGCAUUUAUGGCGCCUGAGGUCCUCCGAGGACAGCAGUAUGGGAGGAGCUGUGACGUGUGGAGUGUCGGCUGUGCCAUCAUAGAAAUGGCCUGUGCUAAACCGCCCUGGAACGCAGAGAAACACUCCAAUCAUCUCGCUUUGAUAUUUAAGAUCGCGAGUGCAACGACCGCCCCGUCGAUCCCGUCACACUUGUCUCCCGGGUUACGUGACGUGGCUCUUCGCUGCUUAGAACUUCAACCUCAGGACAGACCUCCAUCAAGGGAGCUGCUGAAGCACCCGGUCUUCCGCACCACGUGGUAGCCAGCUGUGCAGACAGAUGCACAUAGACGGAUGCUCAGUCAGAGAAACACGGCAGUGGGAACCACGGUGAUAAUCCGCUGGCCUUCCUGCCACUGAACAGCUAUGAACAAGCCCAUGGGGAGCCCUUACCUAAGUAUGUGAUUGACAAAUCAUGUCUGUACCUAAGCUGAGUCUGCAGAGCCCACACCUGUGCCGAACUGCAAAUGGUGCCUUUCAGGGACUGGCCCUCGGCAACAAGACAGCAAGGAGUUUGCAUGACUAAGUACCAGAAGCAUAGUUUUAUGAUUAUUUCUCUCAGAGCACUUUUUCAGCAAUAUUAGCAGCUGAGGGGCUCAGGAUCUGUUUUACUGUCUCAACUACUCUUCCAUUUCGUAUCGCAAUCACAAGCAGGGGUCUGCUUUCAUGCAGUUUUUUGUCACUGGCAAUAUAAAUCAGUAUCUGCCUCUUUUUAGGUCAGACUAUGCUAUAAGUAGCAGUAAAGAAAUGUAUUUUUUAAAGUUGAUAACUUCUUUAUGACCCACAGUUGACCUUUAUUUUUUAAAAGCCUGGGCAAUUGUGGCUCAUUGUGCAUUUUACUGUUGGCCCAUUCAUUUCGUUUUUGGAAAUUAUGGUUCUAUGUUUUCAUUUCACCUUCAUUUUUUGUUUAAUAUUCAGGGAAAGGUGAUCUUUUCAAUCCAGAAAAAAAAAAAAAAGAGAACUAAGCGUGAACUAGAGUUUGUUGAAUAUCUUGCUGUGGCAAGAGUUUUUUAAUACAGAAUUUUGUUUGUUUUUUUAAAAUUGGGUUUUACUACUACCUUCAUCAAGUCCAUCACUGCUCUUCUGGUGCAGGUUAAACGUGAAUUCAGAGAAAAGCAACUGUUCUCUGUGAGGCAGCACAGCCAAGAUCAAGAUUACCUUGGAAUCUGAGUUUCUGUAAUUGGUUUCAUUUGUAGGAAGCUUCACCAACUAAGUCUCACUCGUGUGGCAAUCGCCACUGCUGGUGAGCAGGGAGCUGCUGUUCUCCUUCUCUUCACAGGCGGCCCUGGUGGAGAAUGAAAGGAAAAUUAACUUCAUUCCUCAACCACCAAUGAGUAAUCGUUUUUAAACUAAACGUUUGCUUUGAACUUGGAAAAUGUCCUCAUAGAAAAGUGAAUUGAAUUUCAAUUACAAACUAAUUCACUGGAUUCUGCACAAUUAUCUAAUGGUUUUCGUCUCAGUUGAAUUCGGAUCCUGAAGGAAAAUGGCAGCUCUUUAUCCUUUUUUUGUGAGUCUCUAAAUCAAGUACUGAUUAAGUUUUAACUCUUCAGAAGCCAGUUGAAUCAUGGCAGGGUGAACUAGAAUUGGUUAUUCUCAAAGACUCAGGAUAAACUAAAUAAGCUACACAGAUUACAUUUUAAAUGUACAUCACAAAUUGGAAGUCACAAAUAACUUACCAGGUUAAGUUUACAGGGAUAUAUUGCAUAUAAUUUUUAAAAGGCAGUUUUUAAAAAUGUGAAUGUGUUUUAGUGAAAUUUUACAUUCCUUUGUUUUGGAAGAUUGGCAAUAUUUGAAGAGUUAAAAAUAGUACCGAAAUGUGAAGUUUGGUAGCUCUAAAUGUGUUGUACUUGACUUUCUUUAUUUCCUCUGUGUUGACUACUUAGCAUUUUUGCAGUCUAAUGAGAUUGUCUCGAGUCCCACGUGCAGGCUUUAAAGGAUGCACUCUUGCCAUUUUAUUACUGGAAGAUCACUGGUCAGACAAAUCCGGUCUGACGGCAGCGUGAACUGUGUACAUGAGGAACCGCAGCGCAUCAGUAUUACUCUGCAGAUCACCAUGCCCGCCGGAGCGCCAGCUCAGACAGCGCAGCAUGUCGAAGCCCAUUGUUUGAGUGUGUGUGCAGGUCCCUCAGCUUGCUGGUAAUUGUGGUGUUUUGUUUCGUUUUUGUUUUCAAUGCAAAUGUGAUGUAAUAUUCUUAUUUUCUUUGGAUCAAAGCUGGACUGAAAAUUGUAUUGUGUAAUUAUUUUUGUUCUUAAUGUUAUUUGGUACUCAAGUUGUAAAUAACGUCUACUGCUGUUUAUUCCAGUUUCUACUACCUCAGGUGUCCUAUAGAUUUUUCUUCUACCAAAGUUCACUUUCACAUGAAAUUAUAUUUGCUGUGUGACUAUGAUUCCUAAGACUUCCAGGGCUUAAGGGCUAACUUCUAUUAGCACCUUACUGUGUAAAGCAAAUGUUACAAAAAAAAUCUCUGGGUUAAGAAAAUUUGGCUUAAAAUGUAUCCUUUGUUAUUUUAAAUAUAUCCAGAUAUUUUAAUUAAAAUUUUUACCCCAUUGAACCAAUUUUAUAGUAUUUGUACCUAUUUUGGUGUUUUGUCUUUAUAGUAAAUAAAAGUUUUUGGACAAAG